CAGGUACUUAAAAUCAACUUGGCUACAUGCUCACAUAGUUCCUGCCAUGUGUUUUCCGAGGCAUGCAGAAGGGGAUGAAGCUAACGGCUUGUAAAAGCUUUAAACAACGAAUUUGUGCAGCUGAGGGGUCAGACUGAAGAAUAAUGAAUUAAAAUGGCUGGUAUGAUGACAACUGUAAGACAGAGAAGGGUUGGAAAAUGCACAGAAGAAGCUGAAGAACAGCCUUCAGAGGAGAAGAGUAUAAAGCCUGAUAGAAAAAUUCUGUCUGAUCAUACAGGUGGAAAGCUGUGGAACAUACUCUCCAUAACUGUCGGUGGAAUUGUUGCCAUCUCUCUUGGAUUUCUUACUUCUGUUUACAUUGCUACACUGCAUGAAAAUGACCUGUGGUUUUCCAAUAUUAAGGAAGUGGAAAGAGAGAUUUCAUUCAGGACAGAAUGUGGACUUUAUUACUCCUACUACAAACAGAUGAUUCAGGCUGCUUCCAUCCAGCAAGGUUUACAUGGUUUAGUAUAUGACAAUAAAACUGAAUCUGUGAGGACAAUUAACAUACUUGAAAGAAUGAAUGUUUACCAGGAGGUGUUUCUCAGCAUUCUGUAUAGGAUUCUUCCAAUUCAGCAAUACCUAGAACCUGUUUAUUUUUAUAUCUACACUUUGUUUGGACUUCAGGCAGUUUAUGUCAUUGCUCUGUAUGUAACAAGCUGGCUUCUUAGUGGAACGUGGCUUUCAGGGUUGUUGGCAGCUUGCUGGUAUAUUACAAACAGAAUAGAUACUACAAGAGUAGAAUUCACCAUUCCUUUAAGAGAGAACUGGGCACUACCAUUCUUUGCUGUUCAGAUAGCAGCCAUCACAUACCUACUCAGAACUAAUUUACAGCCUGCUCGACAAAAAUUGACAUUUAUGGCUGUAUUUAUAGCAACAUUUCUCUUUAGCCUGACUUGGCAAUUUAAUCAGUUUAUGAUGCUGAUACAAGCAUUGGCAUUAUUUGUACUAGACUGCUUUGACUUGCUUCCCACAGCAAAGGUUACAUGGCUUUAUAUCAUUCAGAUUUCUGGAUUGCUGCUAGUCUGUGUCUUACAGUUCUUUAAUUCUAUGAUUCUUGGAUCAUUACUUAUAAGUUUUAAUGCUUCUGUCUUGAUAGCAAGAACAAUCCAGAAAAACCUAAAAAAGGGUCCCUUGCUUAAUAGGCUUGGGAAACUUAUCCUCCAUGUACUAUUAGUCUUGUGCUUGACUCUUGUAAUAAAUAAAUUCAUCAAGAAAAUUCUUAAUCUUGAGUCAGAUGAGCAUAUAUUCAAAUUUCUGAAAGCAAAAUUUGGAUUUGGGGCAACAAGAGAUUUUGAUGCUAACCUGUAUCUUUGUGAAGAAGCUUUUGGUUUACUGCCAUUAAAUACUUUUUCAAGACUCUCGGAUACAUUACUUUUUUACAUCUACAUAUUUGUUCUCUUAUUUAUGACAGUAGCAGCUGUAAUUGUUGCCUUUCGGAACCUCAGUUGUUCAAAUCAAGUCCAGUUGAUGGAAAAAAUGGGCGAAUGCACGAUAAUAUUGAAGCCUGAUGCUGCUUACAACUUGAUUCACACAGUUCUUUUUGGAUGUCUGGCAUUAAGCACAAUGAGAAUGAAGUACCUCUGGACAUCCCACAUGUGUGUAUUUGCAUCUUUUGGCUUGUGCAGUACGGAAGUAUGGAAACUUGUCCUGAAAUGUGUUCAUCUCUACACAUCACAGAGGAUGCACGUGAUGAAAUACUCCAUACCAAUAAUUACAUUACUAUACAUUUCAUAUAAGUUCUGGCCAGGAAUAAUGGAUGAACUGUCAGAGCUGAGAGAAUUCUAUGACCCAGACACUGUGGAGCUGAUGAACUGGAUUAAGUCAAACACUCCAAACACAGCAGUGUUUGCUGGGAGCAUGCAGCUAUUAGCAGGAGUCAAACUGUGCACUGGACGGACCCUAACUAAUCACCCCCAUUAUGAGGAUAAGAAUCUGAGAGAGAGAACAAAACAGAUUUACCAGAUCUAUGCCAAGAGAUCCCCUGAAGAUGUUUACAGAAUACUGCACUCCUUUGGCACAGACUACGUCAUCCUAGAGGACAGCAUUUGCUAUGAAAGACGACACAGUAGAGGCUGUCGGUUACGUGACUUACUUGACAUAGCUAAUGGCCAUAUCAUGGAUGGUUUGGGGGAGAAUGAACCUGAUUUGAAACCUUCGACGUAUCCUCGCUUCUGUGAGGAAAUUAAAAAAAACCUGCCUUCUUACACCACACACUUCAUUAGAGUGUUUCAAAACAAAACAUUCCAUGUUUACAAGCUUGCUAAGCAUAAAUAACAUUCCCAACCCUUUAAGCUCAGUAUUUUAAUGGUAGGACCCACAUUAGAAGAUGCAGAAGUUUACAAACACAUUACAUUUGUAAGACAUUUUACACUGAUAGUUUCUUGUUUAAUUACUGUGAUUCUUUUUUUUUUUUUUUUUUGGACAGUUUAGUUUUGAUAACAUUCUCAAAUGCCAAAAGUUUCAUAGAUUCAUAAAUAAAUGCUAGCAAGGACCAUUUUAAUAAUAGAAAGUUUUCCAGUUUUAACUGACCGAUUAAACACACUGAGCAGCCUGCUGUGUAGCUGACCAACAAGUUCUACUCAGCAGUUUGGAUUUUUAUUCUCAAUUCAAUAGGAGCAGGCCAUGCUACUCUGAUCGUGAGGAUGCAUUAUCUUUGUGAAUCCUAAAAAUAGUCACAGAAAUUAAGUUUUUUUUUCUUACAAUCUGAUCCUUUUUUGACAGAUCGUUGUCCUCUUUCAGUGCCUCUUUUUUGAAUUUUUGGGAAAUGUUUGUGGAUAUGAGUUUCUGAGUGCAAGUGUAGUAAUGUUAAGCAUUUCAUGAUGGAAUGUUAUGUAUUUCUAAUGAGAAUGAAGGUUGGAGCAUGCUUGAUACAUGUUGCAUGUUUGUAUCCUCAUAAAAUGCUCAGAGCAAACAAAACUCCAGAUUUCUCAGCGUGGAUUCUCACAAUGCUAUUUUCUGUAUCUGCUUUAUGAACUACAGGGGAUCCUUUUUCUGUGUCUGAAUUCCAGUAGGCUACCAAAACUGAACACUGCCAACCUCAGAAAAGAAAAACUCAUCUCUAAAAUCAGCAGGGAACUAGGCUUUGCUUUAUGUUAUUUCAGACACAAAGCUAUAUAUUUUAGCACAAAAUCACUGUGUCCUUGCUCUUUAGCCUAGAAGAGGCUACACUUAUUUUAAAUUGACUUAGAAGAUUCAGUGAAGACAGGCUCAAUCCUGACAACUUUGUUUGUACCCUUUGUCUUUUUACCAGCUGGAACUUUGUGAAUUGUAUUGACUUUCUAAACGCUCUGUAGAUUGCACAUGACUUUUGCUGUGGUUUAGCACUGCUUUGGUUUUAUACUGAAAUUAGACAUUAAAUCUGAUUGAAAGCCUAACAGUACUUUCCAACUUUAAUUACACAUCCACUAGGAUCAUUUGUUUCUUAAGAAAAACAGAAUUGUAAUAAUCAAGUGCCUCUAGGCCAAUGUUGAAUUAACAUUUGAACACCUAUAAGAGUGUUUGUGGCCUGUGCAAAUAACUCAGUUAUAAUCAUUACCACUGCAAUUAAUUUCUAAUGAUGGGAAACUUAAAGUGCUACUGAUAGCAAACCCCACAUUAAAUUUAAUCAGGAUGUGUAAUGAGAUUAGCUUUCACAACUGAGCUGUGUUCCAGUUCCAAAUGAUUUAAGUGUUUUCCCUUUUCAGCUGUGCUGAGGUAAAUUACUGAAGCAAUGGAGAUGGUUAUGUCACAUGCUCAAACAAUUUUAUAUUCAGUAAAUACCCAUUAAACAAUGUUCAACAUCUUUCUGCACUUCAUGGUAACAGAGGAGGGAAGUGUGCUUUAAUCACACUGUAUUUAAAUCAAACAGUGAAAGUAGUGAGGUUGUUAAACUGAGCAGCUGAAACUCCUGAGUAAUUUCUAGCUUGUGUCCCUUAUUGAGGUUGGAGACCACUGCAGUUUAACAUAAUGCAAUAAUAAAACAUUUUAAUCAGUAUUAAAACUUUAAUUAGGCCUGUAAUGAUGCAUGCCUGCUCUUGCUGAAAGCAUGGGUCAGUGAAUUCCUCGAUGAGUGCCUUACAGUAAUUGAAAACAAGCACACGUAAGGUAAAGUAUCUCCAGGCUGUAUUGUCUCACUUUAAAAUGUGGUUGCAUCUUUCUUUAAAGGUGCAGUAGCUCUCUUCUGAGUGAAAUGACAGAUUCCAAGAUCCAGUGGUACCCCUAUUGCUGUCAGUUUACUUGUGGGUAACACCUGAGAGACUAAGUUUUGACUGUAACAGUAAUUAUUUUUAAGUAGAUUUUUUUUCCCAAAAUACAGUCUCUAAUGUUGCCAAAGGAGAAAUGUAACCCUUUUGUUGAAACUACCAAGUGCAAAUUGUUUUGGUUUAAAACAAAACAGUCCCCGAGCUCCCACUGCCCUUGGGUAAGCAUAAAAACCAUUGGCCAUUACGAUCCAGAACCACCACAGUAACAUCAUUUCUUCUUGCAACACAAACAUCCCCCCAGGUAGCACACCAGAAUUUUGAAGGAUGAUACAUAAAGUAUUAAGGAGAUAGCCUAACUCUUGCAGUUCACAGUCCUUAAAGCCUCGUGUCAUAGCUGGUGGCACUUCUAAACAACCUCAGCAGUUCCUGAAAAAGAAAGAUGCAAAACUGAAGGGAAGGGUGUAUUUCAGUGACUGCAUAGUGCAGCGUUCAGACCAGGCUCCUUACAACAGUAGAACAGAAAAUAACAAGGAGGAGAACCGUUCACCAGCUCAGAGGAGAACAACCCAGGCAUCAAGACAGCACUGGAGGAGAGGGAGUGGCUGUUUCUCUGGCCUUCAUUUAGGGGCUCUCCAGGUAGAGGAGCUAACUUACUUCUGAUGGAUCUGUGGUGCCUGCUAUAGAUGUGGCUGUGAGAGUCUCAGGCUUCUUAGGAGGUAGGUGGUAGUUGUCUAGUAACUAUUUCCUCUAUUUCUCAUGUCUAGCUGGGAUCUCUGUUCACUGCAUUAAAAAUGUGCCAGGUUUUGAAGAGUAACUUCAGCUAUUCCUGAACUUCCCCCUGAGCACCUUAUUUCCAAGCAGUUACUGCAGUGUUCCUGUUCCUUUGUAUUACCUACCAUCCACACUGAGGAACAUCCCUCGUGGCAGCGUGUUUGCCAAAGUCUUACACGUGACUAGCAAUGGGAAUGGCACCACUGUGACUCCUGGUGUGUUUCCCUAUUGUCUGUGAGAACUUUGAAGCUGUGCACUGUUGGUGGAAGUGUGGUAUUAAUUACUCUUUGUAGGUCACAGAGACAAAUGUUAUCAAGUAGCCGGAAUAUUUUUAGGGAAGAAAUGCCUUUGAGAUCCAUGAGUGUAUUUUCAUUUCUUGUUUCAGUGUUCUGCCGUUGAGAUCUAACAUAGUUAUUUUAUAAUAUGUUAUUGUAAAGAGAUGUAAUGACUAUUGUAUACUAAAUAAAUUGUGCAAUUUGAAAACUCA